AUGCCACCGCUUCGAGGAUUUUCUGACAACCAGUUUCGCGAUCGGAAGGACAUUCUUAUCGCGACAAACGCACUCGUCCAUGCGCUCGAACCGUAUUUCUCGCCUGGAAAAUCACGCGUCCAGCUGCCGGUCUAUUCUGGAGCACAUUUUGACGAGACCGCUGCCCAACUGGAAGGGUUUGCACGGCCAAUUUGGGCGAUUGCAGCUGCAGUCGCUGAAGCGACCGAUAUAAUCCAUGCAGAUAUCACCCGUUAUGCCAAACACCUGGCGACUGGACUUACGAAUGGAGUUAAUCCCGAACACCCCGACUACUGGGGUUCGAUAGGAGACUGGGACCAACGGAUGGUAGAAGCCGAGCCGAUUUCAUUUGCACUUUUGAUAGCACCGAAAACAUUCUAUGAGCCAUUGUCAGCCCAGAGUCGCGCGCACUUGUGUGAAUGGCUGUCCGGUCUCAAUGGCAAAGUAAUGCCAGUCAACAAUUGGCGGUGGUUUCGGAUCUUCUCGAAUCUUGCUCUCUAUCGUGUGUUGGGCGUGCCUUACGAAAAUGUCAAGGACCAUAUCGACGCGGAUUUUGGGGUGCUUGACCAGUUUGAUAUUGGGAAUGGGUGGUCUGCUGAUGGAAUUUGGAGGAAAGAUGCUGAUACAGACCAACAAGCCUACGGUCGCCAGGCAGACUAUUAUUCCGGAAGCUUUGCAAUUCAGUUCAGUCAAUUGCUGUACGUUCUCUUUGCCGCUGAUUCGGAUCCUGACCGAGUCUCCCGGUAUCGGCAGCAAGCGAGAGACUUUGCUGGUCAGUUUUGGCGGUUCUUCGAUGAGGACGGUGCAGCAAUUCCAUUCGGUCGGUCAUUGACGUAUCGGUUUGCCAUGGGGGCCUUCUACGCAGCCUUUGCCUGUGCAAAGUGCUACGACAGCUCAAACAUUUACACAUCUGUCGGCUUUGUCAAAGGCAUGCUUCUACGACACCUUAGAUGGUGGGCGGCGCAUUCAAAGGAUAUGUUUGCCAUCGAUGGGACUUUGACUAUCGGAUAUCUAUACCCAAACAUGUUCAUGUGUGAAGACUACAACUCACCCCAGUCACCUUACUGGGCCAUGAAAACCUUUGUGUGCCUUGCGCUAAGAUCAGACGACAAUUUCUGGACCGUCGCUGAGAUUCCACAUCCUUUGUCUUCUGCCUCGCUUGAACAACAGUCUGUCUCCGGUGUUGAGUUGCUACUUGCACCAUUUCAGAUUCUGUGUGACCACCCCAAUAGCCAGCAUCAUUUCAUGCUUUCCGGUGGUCAAUUCUGCGUUUGGCCUCUCAAGGCAACACAAGCAAAAUACAGCAAGUUUGCAUAUUCAUCAGCAUUCGCGUUCAGUGUUCCGACUGGAGGCUUGUUGGCUCAAAUAGCUCCAGAUAAUACACUGGUCGCAAGUCGAGACGCGGGAGAAACAUGGGCCACCCGAUGGGAGACAAUUAGCGGUCCCCGAGUCAGGACAUUCCUAUUAAAAGGCUCGAAGAUACAGUGCCUUCAGAGUGUUUGGAAGCCGUGGAAGACAGACAAAACAGAAAUCGAAACUACUCUCAUCCCUCCCUGCAACGAAUGGCCUGACUGGCAUAUCAGGAUACACCGCAUCCGAAGUGCCCAGACUCAAACGCUCAGCCUUGUUGAAGGUGGCUUUGCAAUACCUGCGAAACAGCCGCGGCGAAUCAAAACUUUGGAUGAGAGUUGGAGUAAUGGAGACGAACAUGGGGGAAUUGUUGAAACCGAAGAGAGCUCGCUCAUGCUCAGUAGCGCUGCUGUUAGCGGGGUGAAGAGCAUCCUCAGCACCACCGGCGAAAUAGGGGGUAAGAUAUUGAAGUCGGACCCAAACACAAACCUGAUGGAGCCAAGAGCGCUCAUUCCGACCCUUCAGCAUAAAAUCGAGGCACAACUGGAUCAGGAUGUGGUGAUAGCUACAGCGGUUUUUGCUAUUGCCGGGGCAAAGAAAGGUUUCUCUCGUGAUGAAUUGCACCAAAGAUGGUCUCGGCAGCCUUAUUUGACGGAAGACAUGUUGAAGGAAUUGUGA